AUGGGUGUUCAGAGGAAGCAGUGCUUCGACGGCUCUGGCUGGCCUAAGGAUCUCAAGAACUUCCUGGACCUCUUUUCCGACGAGGAACUCGGCUUUGUCAUCAUGAGUUUCCAGCCUGGCAAGAGAGACAGCCUCGUCAGCGGUCCUCAGUACACUCAUCAUCUGGACUAUGAGGGCCCGAGCAGUGACGGAAAGUGGCAUCUCUUCUCUGUUGCUCCCGACUCCGGCGGCACCAAGGCCUCUGAGAAGCUUCCCAAGGGAAAGACCAAGUACGUCUGCCAUAUCGGAAUCGCCCAGAACCUCUUCUACGAUGUCCCGGAUGGCUUUGGUACAAUUGCCCGCGCCGCCUUGUGGGCAAGCAGGGUUAAUGCGGUCAAGUCCAGCACCCACUACGUCCUGGUUGAUGGGUCGAUCCAUGCGACCCUUGAGAAGGCCAUCGAGGCUGAGAAGGAGUUGCUCAAGUCAAAGGCGCCCGCUGCGACCCACGCUCCCAACGGAAAGCCUUACUGGAACUGGGAGGAAUGGGGACACCCACUGACCAACGAGGACUUCAAGAAGUACGAGACCCAGAAGCCGAAGGACAAGAAAAGCCAGCAGCAGCAGCAGCAGAACAACUAG